CGGCAGAUUUCCUUCCAUCUUUCUUUUCCAUUUUUCCCUUGGCGAUUUGGUGGCUUUGGACGAACCGGUCUUCUGUUGUACGAAUAAUUAGUGCCGAAAAGAUCGAACCACGGUGCGGCGAAUACGUGUACAAGGAGCAACAGGAACACGAGAAUCGUCUUCAUUGUUUAUUCGUAGACGAAGCACUGCGAAGGAUUUCUUUCCACGAACGUAUCGACGCUUUUUCUGCGUUUAUUCCUGCACAAACUGGUAAUAACGUAACGGGUUAGAUAAUGAUGAAUCGAGUCGUGCGACACCAAAGAUCUAACUGAUUCGUUCGAUUUCAUCCUCCACCGGAAAUUCACGUUAGAAAAAUAAAAAAAACGAGCUCGAUCUAUUUUCACUCUAUUUACCGGUUCGAUGUGUCGGAUCCGCGGAAACUGAUGUCGCACCACGGAACGUCAGAUCCCAAUAUUUUUCCUCCGGGGCCAACUUAUCAGCUUCUCAAUGAACUUUCUUAAUGUUCCGAGUAGAACGAUAAUCAACCCGUCAAUGAACCGAAAUCGAAAGCUCUCGGCAGUUUUAUACGGACGCGUCUUACCGCCCUACCUCACGCUCACGAAAAAUCCCGACGACAACGACGACGACAAAACUCGUAAAUAAUACAAUCGCAUAAAUAAAAGCUCAACGGGACUCGGGGAGCUGUACGUUUCCUGACGAAUGUUUCCUCUCUCAUUCGAGUUCGUGUUUUCUUUUGUAAACUGGAAACUACACGCGGUGGAAUUCCAUCCUGAAUCCUUUGCAUCGUCAAAUUUAUUUGAUUUUUUAUUAGUUCUUUGUACGAUUCGCGAUGCAUGUAUCCCCACGUAGCACGUUAUCGAACAUUGUCGUCGGGGAAGAGCGCAGCCUCCCUCUCCUCGGGAAACAAAAAUCUUAGCAAUCCUCUCACGAUUUGGAGACUGCAGUGAUUUAUUAAAAUAGACAGGAUCGACGAGGAUGAAAUAAAGACAGGACGUUUUUGCAUUUCCUCCUAUUCCAAACAGAAAUUAUUGCCAGCGUUUUGUAUCACGUGUUUUUUUCCUGCAUAUUCAAUGAGCAAGAUCGCUGAAUUUAGAUCUUUUGGCAAAGGCUGUUAUCUCUGUCGAGACGCUAACAAUUUUUUUCGUAUUCAGUAGAAACGAGGCACGAGUUUCCUCGUGGAGAUAAAAAUGACCCUAAUUUCUUGAACCGUGCAAACAAACUACGAAAAAAUAUGGAUGGAGUAAUUUAAUUGUUAUUUUAUUUUAUGCAGAUGAUGCGGAGCAGUGGAUUUAAAUUUUCUUAUCAAGGCGCCUCGAGUUCUUGAACCCGGGGGUACGACGAACGAGAUACGAAGAAAUAACGAUGCGGUUCGGUUUAUUAUCCGAAAAUAAGACCGAAGAUUCGAUGCUGUUCGUGAUCCAAUUAUCCUCGAUCCACGACGAGACGAACGCACACUCGAUCGACACUAACCACGGAUAGGAGCCUGAAUGCUCCACAUUUUUUCAAGGUCGACCACGCCGGCCACUCAGUAGCAGUUUUCUUUUUUUCUUCCUUUUUUCAUCGUAUCAAUGUCUCAGUACGUAAAUGUAUACGUAACUUAUAACUCGUCGUACGAAGCCGACUUUCUUCCGCCUUCGAUGUAUCCCGCGAGAAGAUUUAUUAUUAAACUCGAUUUAUAUGGAACGAAAACAUCGAGAAAAUUGGUACAAGGUCGGACCUUGAUUUUUUUCGCUCUCCGUUUUUCUCGUUAUUAUUUAUGCGCUAGUCGCUCGAUGCAGAAAUUUCUCACUGACGUAGAUCAGAAAGAUGUUCGUUCCUCGAUUACGAUCGUUGCCGCUCCGUGCUCCAAACUGGAGGCUGCGAUAAAGCAUCGAUCCCCCAAGUUCCUCCUGCUCGGAGCCUAACACGAUGGAAAAAGGGGAUAUCGAGGACCGAUCGAGAAUGUCCGUAUUGUAACCGCUCUCCGAGACACUCUAUUCCAUUUCUUUAAAGCCUCGUAACACUUGUCGAUCUAUUAAUAGCUCCUCCUUAACCAGCUAACAAGGAGAGUUUGCGGAAAGAGAAAUUCUCGACGGAAGAUUGAGACGACGCUACCGACCCUAAGAAACGAGAGCGAAAGUACCAUCGAGAAAUAGAAAUUUGUUGCUGCUCCUUAUUUCGUUCUCAAUGACAGAACACAAAAUUCAAUUCAGAAUCGAAAAUGUUUCCAACCUUUUUUUCCCAUACAAAACUUUGUUGUAAACAUUAUUAAUGCGCCGAUAAGGUUUAAACUGCGCUGUUCUAUUCGUUUAUCAACACCAAAGAGAAUACUUUAAUACUAAUUUUAUGAUCAUAUUCCGUUACGUAAAUGAUCAGGAAUAAAAACGCUAUGAAGUAAAAAACGAAACGGCAAAAUGGAUAAAAAGUUUAUGGAAAUUUUAAAUCAAUCACGACAUGUUGCGUGCAAAUAAUAUCAAGUAGUUUCCAGUUGAUGGUUCGCAAUAUAAAAAAAUCGAGUUUUUUCGAUCCAGCUUCGUUUAUAAAUUUGAGAUCCUUUCGAUUUGAAACAGGAAAAAGAAUUCGUCGAAGUAACGAAAAAAAAUAUUUUAUUUAUUUUCAGAACUUGAAACUCGGAUGCUCCAACAAAGCCUACUGAUCGCGGAAAUUCUUUAUCCUUCAAUUAUUAUCUGCAAAUCGACAGAAUUUAUUGUUUACACUUCAAAGGAUAUAAUUACGUCGUUUAUUGCAUCACGCUUCACUACCGUGUUGUUAAAUAUUGACAGUAGAUACAGCAUCUGUUUACAGGUGUUAUCUCGCGUCAUUACGAGACGAAAGUUCGCUUCGAAUAUUCGUUUGCUCGACGAUGUUAUCGGUUCGCAUAAUUCGGAGAGUCGUGUAAUUUUGCACUCACCUAAUUCCAAUUUGGUUAAUCAAACUCGAAAAACAAUGUCUGUCCGCAAAAUAAGUUAAAUGUUGAAAAAAAGGUCAACGCUCUGUUCAAGAUAAUUUUGUUAAUUAAUGCACUACGCGGUUCAAGGCUCCACAAUAUAUUUUUGCACAUGUUUCGAGCCUUUUUUUUUGCCAAUUACUGUAAAAUACUGAAGUGAGGCUCAUUUCUAUCUGGAUGAGAAAAAAUAAUGACCGAGUAGUUUUUCGGUUGAGUAAUUAUGUUUUUUUUUUUAAUAUUAUAAUGAAUGACGCGUGAAGUUUCGUCGGUUCAUAGAGGUACGAAUGUUCAUUGAACACUCACAGCGGUUGGAAGCGAGUGAGAAAUGAUGAAUAAAAUGAGGUGCUUCUGAAACGACGAAUCCUCCGUUUCGGUUGCACGAUUAUUUCGACGCAUUUUUCUUUUUGAUAAUCACUCAUCCGUCUUAAUUCUAUGAUUAAACAAACUCACUUAGCUUCUGUACCUUCUGAGAUCCUUGAAUUGUCAUCGUGCAGUCGACUGAUUUAUCGGUAUUAAACAAAAAAAUUGCACGUCGAUCGUAUUUUCGGGAUCGUUAAAUUUACCGAAUAUCUCAUUCGUCUCAUCUCAUUAAGCAAACCUUUCUCAUGUUUGUUAAUCAUUAUACGAUUCUCUUGAAUCAUCAUGGAAAAAUUUUCAUAUUUACUGGCGAUAAUGGUCGGAUAUUCCAGCUUCAAAUUAUGUGAGCUAUACAGAGAAAAAUUUCACGAUACUGUGGGCACAAUUAUUCGACGUCUGUGUGAUAAAAUCCGUAUGUUCUUCAAUAAAGAUUUCAACGCCGAAUGAAUUUCGUACUCCAUUCAAUUUUUUACACGUUUCGGUUAUUAGAUUUCAGAGUACACGAAAUGAGAAACUCGUACGAAAAUAUUUGUAGUCACGUCGUCCGAUCGAGCCACUGACUUUUCGUGAAUGGUUUGUCCUUGAGCAACAAGUAAUUCAUCAGCGAAUUAAAUGUCUCGGAGACCUUGGAAAACUUUUGUCAGAUCUUCGAGAAGAUUAGGACGCGAUUUAUGACAGGUAUUUGAAUACGUUGUCGAAAAUUGGCGAUUUUAGUGUUUUUUAUUCGCGCUUCUCACUCCCCGAGUUUUGUACACACAGAAAUGUUAUUCUCAGAGCCGUUUCGGGCCCAUCAUAUUCCUCGGUAGCAAGCUAGUGGUUACAGGUGUGGAAGAUGCGAGGAAACGAAGAAGAAGAAUGACAAAAUAAAACGUCGUCGAGCUCCGAUAUGUAAAGAGGGCUUCUCUGGGGAUCUCGUAGAUAAACGGGGUGGGGGAAAUUUCUGAGUUUGAUGACGAGGGCCUUCUUAUCCGAGCAGGCAAAGUUUUUCUACGACCUUUUGUUGACAGUUUAUGAGCUCGCGUCGGUCAGAAUAGCAGUUCCACCUGCGCGAAUAAUAAAAUUUUAAAUCGAUGAAGAAUGUGCAAUUAAUAAAUUUAUUGGGAUAUUGAGAACAAACAUUGUGAAUGCAAAUUUAAUUACACUCGGUGCGAACUCAAUUUCGGAUGAAACUUGGCAAACAUUCGUACUUGUUCGUGAUUUAUUUAUUUCGUUAUAAAUUUAUUGCUCAUUGGGUUAAGUUUUCAUACUGGAAACGAGAACCCAUCAUGAAUACCGGUGUUCUGUUUCUCGUGUGUUUUAUUCUCCCAUGGAACGCCACGUGCUUCAAAUUCAUCGAGGAUUAUUUUUUUCCUCGCAAUCCCACCGUCAACAGGGUCAGAAACAUUGAAGAGGCUCGUGGCGACGAGUUUGCUGUUUUGGAUACUGUUGGCAUGGUUGAGAAAUACGGAUAUUCUAGCGACGACCAUAAUAUCACGACUUUGGACGAUUACAAUAUUAUUAUUUUCCGGAUUUAUGCAAGUCCAGCAUCUCCAGAAAAACAAGGAAAGCCGGUCGUAUUUCUACAACAUGGAUUAUUCGCGUCUUCGGAUACUUGGGUCCUUUUCGGACCCGGAAAAGAUUUGGCUUUUUUAUUAGCUGAUGAAGGAUACGACGUUUGGAUCGGUAAUUUGCGAGGCAACAGUUACGGCAGAUCCCACAAACAGUUAUCAACUCGCGAUCCACAAUUUUGGAGCUUCAGUUACCACGAACAUGGGGUGCUCGAUCUUCCAAUGAUGAUCGAUUACAUUCUCGAAUAUACGAACAGCACGUCACUCUCUUACAUCGGACACUCGAUGGGAACGACGAUGGCUUAUGUUUUGUUAUCUGAAAAACCGGAGUAUAAUGAAAAAAUGAGUAUUGUUGUGAGUCUUGCGCCUGUAGCAAUUUGGAAAGAGCCUCCCAAAACCCUUACCCUUAACGAUAAUGUUGUACGGGUACUCCAGAAUAUAUUCGAUGAGCAUGGAAUCUACGAGUUGUUGCCACAAACGACGUACAGUGCCAGGAUGGCCCGGGUCUUGUGCAGCGAUGGAUCGUUUGCUCAACCCUUUUGCAAACUGCUGAUUUCAAUCCUGGCUGGACAUGAUCCUGAUCAGCUAAACUCUACCGCAAUGCCUUACAUCUUUUCACAUUUUCCGGCUGGUGGAUCAACCGCGUCGUUGUUUCAUUAUUACCAGAAUAUAAAGUCAGGUACCUUUGGAAAAUACGAUUUCGGCUACGCCCACAACUUCAGACUCUACGGAAAGAAGAAACCACCGAUUUAUGACCUCAAAAAAAUAUCCGCACCGGUCGCUUUGAUUUACGGAAAAGGCGACAUUAGCUCGUUCGAAAAGAAUGUCGCGGAGUUGGCGAAAAGGUUGCAAAACGUUGUCACCUUCGAAGCAGUCGAAUACGAAAACUUCAAUCAUUUCGAUUUCGUAUGGGCAAAAGAUGCUAAAGAAUUAUUGUACGACAGAGUAAUAAGCCUUCUUUCAAUGUAUUCGAGAUAUCCGCUCCGAUGUACAAACCGUAAAGGGAGUACGAAAAUGAAGAGUCAACGUGUUUUAUUGAGACACUUACUGAUCUGCAUAACCUCAGGACUGGUGUGUGCGGUUGAGAAGAAUUUUAGGGCUACUUUUAUCCGAGAAGUUCGUUUGCGAUUGACGGGAAUGAGAAACGCGAAACGCGUCGUCGACGAGGAUUACGUAGCGUUUGAUACCUCAGAAACGCUAUUAGAUUCCAUCAAAUCAGGCCACAACCAUGAAAAACAUACUUUUUACGAGGAUAGCAAAGUCCGAGUUGCUCAUAGAAGCGUGUGUAAAUACGAAGCCUUCGAGUUUGUGGAUAAAAUUUUAACACGCUUGCUUACUACGGUGAAAUGUUCAUCGCCAAAUUUCUUUAUCACAAACAACGAUUCUUCUCCUUUUCAGGCCGGUCUCAUAAAACGUCAUGGUUAUUCCGUCGAAGAGCACACGUUGAGGACCGAGGAUGGAUAUUUUUUACGUCUAUUUCGCAUGCCCGGGAGUCCCAGUUCGCCCGAAUCCAAUUACAAGCCCGUUGUUUUCCUGCAGCAUGGAGUUCUCUGGUCCUCCGAUGCUUUCGUGCUCAUGGGACCGAGCCAUGAUCUCUCUUUCAUGCUCGUUGAUGCUGGCUACGAUGUGUGGAUCGGUAACGUCAGAGGGAACACGUAUUGUCGAACUCACCAAAAUAAGAAGCCAAGUGAUCCUAAAUUUUGGGAUUUCAGCUACCAUGAAAUGGGCGACUACGACUUACCUUCAAUGAUCGAUCACGUUCUCCUUAUUACCGGCCAAAAAGCGGUCUGCUUCGUCGGACAUUCGAUGGGGGCAACAAUCGCUUAUGUUAUGUUGUCGCUGCGACCAGAGUACAACUCGAGGAUAAAGUUACUCGUUAGCUUGGCUCCUGUUACGCGCUGGAAACACAAACUGAACGCGAUGCAAGCGUUAUUCAAACAAGCUGGUUGCCCGUUGCAGGAAACAUUAAAACGUAAUGAAAUCUACGAAAUUCUACCUCAAACGACCGCCUUGAAAAAACAAGCGGAACAGUGGUGCAACGAGGACGCGGUUUCACACAGCGCUUGCUUGAACAUGAUCUUUGGGGUAGUCGGAGAAGAUCGAGAACAACUGAACUCGAGUCUCCUGCCAUAUCUUUUCUCGUCCUUUCCCGCCGGGACUUCGCUACGAACGAUGGCCCACUUUCAUCAAAACAUACUGUCAGGUGAAUUUCAACAAUACGACUACGGCCUUGCCGAGAAUUUUGACAGGUACAAACAAAGAGAAGCACCGAAUUAUGAGUUGCAAAAAGUAACCGCACCAGUCGCAUUAUUUUAUGGAAAAAACGAUGCAAUUGUACCAGUCGAGGAAAUUUACGACUUGGCGGAAUCUCUGAGCAAUGUCACGAUUUUGGAAGCAGUACCCUUCCGAAAAUUUAAUCAUAUGGAUUUCAUAUGGGCUCGUGACGUUAGAGAACUUCUCUACAAAAGAAUUCUACGGUUGAUUCAACAGUACUGAGUCAAAAUAUGGUGGAGCUCUAAAUGAAAACAAAAGAAAAUUCAGGGGAGCAGUACUAGCCAAGAAUUAUUGCUCGUGUUAUUGCGGUGUGUUAUGUUUUUAUACAAUACGAAAUGACGUGUCUUUUUUUUGUGUUC